AUGAGGCCCAAACGGCCCCGCGGGCGCAAAUGCUUCGGCUGGUUCCUCGGCAUCGCUCUCGCUUACAUCAUCAUCACCGGCAUCGUCGUCCAUCUCACCAAGAAUAGCAAUGUACAAGAGAUCGCAGAGAACAGCGCAUGGAUAGCGAGUGGGAAAUACUGGCUGGACCGACAGAUGUGCAGAUGGCUCGGUGUAUGCGGAUUACACCAUUAUGUCUUCAAGAGCGGCUGGACGUGGCAUACCGAAAUCGAGAUCCCACCAAACCCUCACGACGACAUUAGCGAUUGGUGGACAUCUGGCAAUGAGAACCCGGACACUUGGUCGCGCGAGGAGGUAAAGCGCAGAGAGAUACCGCAAUACGUGCUGGACCACGCACCCUAUGUUCACUUGUUCUCUGGAGAACAGUUCUGGCCAUCUGAUGUUGGCGAUCACCUCCUCCACACGUCACCUUUUCUGAACUACACCAAGAUCGAGGAUCUUGAAGACGACCGAAAUCUCACCAAUCUAAACGACUUAAACGACUAUGAUACCGGGCGACAUGGCAGGUUCAUGUAUUUGCAGAGCAACGACAAUGUCGAAGAACGGCCGAAGUGGCUGGUUAGUGCUAAGAAUAUCCCAAGACUGCCGGACAGGUACGAAGAUCCUGACUUCGAACAUCCCUGGCCGGAUAUGGGAGAUUUCGACUUGGAUGCUGCAAAACAGCAGGCGCUGGCUGAGCACUUCCCGGAUGCGAGUGACGAAAAAUUGUCAGCGCAGAAAUAUCCUGCAGAGCUUGUCUCCAGCAAAGACGGUCGAUGCGGUGGUAGCAGUGGCUUUACUUGCAGAGGGAGUUCCUUCGGAUCGUGCUGUUCCAUCUAUGGCUGGUGUGGUGGCGGCGACGAAUACUGUGGAGACCCUUGCGAUCCGCUUUCUGGCGAGUGCUACGACCCGUACAAUCCUCCUCGAGGGCCACAUCAGGAUUUAAAACGUCACCUUGAAGGCAACUCGCACAAGCCCGAACCGGGCGGGAGGAGUGCUGCACCUGCCAUCUUGCUCGUUGUGCCCAAGAAGGACGGUAUCGUAGAUGCCUUCUGGUUCUUCUUCUAUUCCUUCAAUCUAGGCCAGCGAGUACUCAACAUUCGAUUCGGAAACCAUGUGGGCGAUUGGGAGCACACCUGCAUUCGCUUCAGGAACGGCAAACCGUACCAGGUCUUCCUUUCGGAGCACGACUUCGGGCAGGCUCUGACUUGGGGAGCUAUGGAGAAAUACAUUCCCAGCUUUGACGGCUCCGGCACCAUGAUUGGCAGCUGGAGCAACGAAACCGCCGCAAAACACGCGACGAGACCGGUUGUCUACAGCGCUAUUGGAUCUCAUGCCAUGUACGGCACGCCGGGCCUGCAACCUUACAUUCUCCCCUUUGGCGUUCUCCACGACGAAACCGACCGUGGGCCGCUUUGGGAUCCUGUGCAAAACUUCCAGUCCUACACCUACGAUCCUUGGACGAGGAAAGCUAGCUCUUCGGUCCUCAAUCCCCUGUCUCCUACCGAAUGGCUUGAUUUCGCUGGGCAUUGGGGCGAUAAAUACUACCCUCUCUCCGAUCCUCGACAGUAUCGGUUCGCGGGACAAUACCAUUACGUCAACGGGCCUACAGGUCCGAAAUUCAAGAAUCUGGGCCGUAGCCAGGUCUGUCAGGGUCGCGGCAAGUGUGAAGUGAGACAUUGGCUCGGUGGGAAGAGGCCUGCGACGCAUGUGGAUCCGGAUGAGGAUGUGGAAGAGGGGGGACUGCCUGGUGGCAAUUACACCGAAGAAGCAGACUGGUGA